UCUGAGAAAGCCGCCAUGUCCGAAACUGACGCCUGCAACACAAAUCUGCUGCUUCUCCACGCUACUCCACUGAUGGAAGAUACCAGCGAGCAAUCCGCCGGAAAAAAGCUGCCGAUCGCCGGAAAGAGGAACAUUCUGAUUACCAGCGCGUUGCCGUAUGUUAAUAAUGUACCUCACCUCGGCAACAUCAUAGGCUGUGUAUUGAGCGCUGAUGUUUUUGCUCGAUAUUGCCGGCUUAGAGGCUAUAAUGCUAUUUAUAUUUGCGGCACUGAUGAGUAUGGAACAGCUACAGAAACCAAAGCUUUGGAAGAGAAUUGCUCUCCUAAACAAAUCUGCGACAAGUAUCAUGCAAUUCACAGGGAAGUCUACAAUUGGUUUAAUAUAAAGUUUGAUGAAUUUGGACGGACAUCCACACCACAGCAGACUGAAGUUUGCCAAGCAAUUUUUAAGAAGUUAUUAGAGAACAAUUGGCUAUCCGAGAACACCAUGCAGCAGCUUUACUGCGACACAUGCAAAAAGUUUUUAGCGGACAGGCUUGUAGAAGGUACUUGUCCAACUGAAGGGUGUAAUUAUGAUUCAGCGCGAGGAGAUCAAUGUGAGAAAUGUGGCAAAUUAUUGAAUCCAACAGAGUUAAAAGAUCCUAGGUGCAAGGUUUGUCGAAACGCUCCACAUAUCCGUGAUACAAAUCACUUGUUUCUUGAGCUUCCUCUGCUUAAGGAUGAAUUGGUAAAGUAUAUUGAGAGCAUGUCAAUAGCUGGAUCCUGGAGUCAGAAUGCUAUUCAAUCCACCAAUGCAUGGUUGAAAGAAGGACUUAAGCAACGGUGUAUUACAAGAGAUUUAAAGUGGGGGGUUCCAGUUCCACAUGAGAAUUUUAAGGACAAGGUUUUCUAUGUCUGGUUUGAUGCGCCAAUUGGAUAUGUCUCCAUCACUUCAUGCUACACUCCUGAAUGGGAGAAGUGGUGGAAAAAUCCCGAAAACGUGGAGCUUUAUCAAUUUAUGGGGAAAGAUAAUGUACCAUUUCACACUGUGAUGUUUCCAUCUACACUUAUUGGCACUGGUGAAAAUUGGACCAUGAUGAAGACUAUAAGUGUUACUGAAUACUUGAACUAUGAAGCAGGAAAGUUUUCAAAGAGUAAAGGCAUAGGAGUUUUCGGUAAUGAUGCCAAAGAUACAAAUAUUCCGGUUGAAGUUUGGAGAUACUAUUUAUUAACUAACAGGCCAGAGGUAUCUGACACGCUAUUUACAUGGUCUGAUUUGCAAGCAAAACUUAAUACUGAGUUGCUCAAUAAUUUGGGCAACUUCAUUAAUCGAGUUUUAAGUUUUAUUGCUAAACCUGCAGGUUUAGGAUAUGACUCCAUUAUUCCAGAUGCUCCUAAUGCAAGCUCGCAUCCUCGAACAAAGAAAUUGGCUGAAGACGUUGGUAAAUUAUUGGGGCAGUAUGUUGAAGCCAUGGAGAAGGUCAAAUUGAAACAAGGACUAAAAAUUGCAAUGAGCAUCUCUAGUGAAGGGAAUGCAUAUCUUCAGGAAAGCCAAUUCUGGAAGCUAUACAAGGAAGAUCAACCCUCAUGCAACAUAGUUAUGAGGGCUUCUACAGGACUUGUAUAUCUUCUCGCAUGUUUACUGGAACCUUUCAUGCCUUCUUUUUCUCUCUCGGUUUUCAAGCAACUUAAUUUACCUCCUGAAGAAGCUUCUCUCUCUGAUGAAAAAGGAGAUAUUAUUAAGAUGCCUUGGGAAUUCCUACCUCCCAAUCAUAAAAUUGGGACACCAGAGCCAUUGUUCAAGGAAUUGAAAGAUGAAGAAGUUGAUUUCUUCCGGAAGAAAUUUGCCGGUAGUCAAGCUGAGAGAGCAGAAGCUGAAGCAGCACAGGCUGCUGAGAAAUUGAGCAAAGCCAAAAUUUCAGAUGGUGGUGGAAAGAAGGCACAGACCAAAAAGCCUGCUGCUCCAGCCAAAUUAAAGAGUAAUGUGAAGCAAGAAAUCUCCAUCAGAAAACUAGAUAUUCGGGUUGGCUUAAUAAAGAAAGCCGAGAAGCAUCCUGAUGCCGAUUCUCUUUAUGUGGAAGAAAUUGAUUUGGGUGGAGAAAUUAGAACAGUCGUUAGCGGACUUGUCAAAUAUAUACCUCUUCAAGAGAUGCAGAAUAGGAAGGUCUGUGUUCUAUGUAACUUAAAGCCGAUGACCAUGAGGGGUGUCAAGUCACAAGCUAUGGUUCUUGCUGCUUCCAACAGUGACAACACUAAGGUUGAGUUGGUUGAUCCACCUGCAUCUGCUGUAGUUGGAGAGAGGGUUACAUUCCCUGGUUUUGAAGGUGAGCUUGAUGAUGGGCAAUGUCCUAAGAAAGUCUGGGAGACGCUACAAGUGGAUUUAGGGACCAACGCAGAUCUCGUGGCAUGCUACAAAGAUAUUCCAUUCACCACAUCAGCCGGUGUUUGCAAGGUCGCAUCUAUUCAGAGUGGUCCGAUAAGGUAGAUAAGCGAAGUCAGUUUCCUAGAUUUUGACCCUUUUUUUUUCUAAUUGUUUCUCAAUGCAUUUUCUAUUAUAUGUAAACCAACUUGUGAUCUGUGUAAAAAUGAUAAUUGGAAGCAGGGAGGUUUUCUCCAUAAUGCUCCUCUACGAUGAUCAAUUGUUUGCAGUUCUAUACA